GGUAAAUAACAUCGGCCGCUGAGCGAAUCUGCGCCCCGAAUGAAACUAUUUUCUCCUUUCUUCGCCUGAAUAUUUAAUUCUUUUCGAAACCCGGAUGGCGAGGAGGUACAGGAAGAACUGAGAAACCCCAGAUUCUCUUGCUUAAUAGUGGUGAAUUCCAGCUGCAUUCUAAGGCCCUAAUGACGACAGCAUGCCAUGACUGACAUUUUUGAAGCCCCGUGCAAGUCGGCAGCAAGAUUGUGAAGACAUUGAGAAAAAGGAGCGUGUCUGUAUCAUCCUCAGUUCCCUAUUGCCAGCGUAAAUGCAUGCAGAGGAUCAUCUUGUACGGAUCGCCAGAAUUUGCCGCAGUAAGAAGCUGGAAUGGCUUACCCAAUCAAACACAGUCAUGAGACAUGCUCUGUGUUAUAGAGAAGACUCAUCAUAGGUCAUUUAUCUUUAUGCAACCUUGUGCCUUUUGGAGAGUUGGAAAGACAUUUUUGAAAAGUGGUAAAGAUGAAGAAAAACACGAGGGUCGAUUCUGAACGAAAGAAGCCUUAUGAAUGCACCGAGUGUGGGAAAGCGUACACUCACCUGAACAACCUGAAGGAUCAUCUGAAGAUUCACACAGGAGAAAAAUUGUUCGAGUGUUCCGAGUGUGGGAAAAGGUUUACCAGUAUUGGUUACCUGACUGUACACCAGAGGAUUCACUCGGGAGAAAAACCGCAUGAGUGCCAUGUGUGUGAGAAGUCGUUCAAGGUGAAAAGUGAAUUGACUGUACACCAGAGAAGUCACACAGGAGAAAGACCUUAUGAGUGUUCUGAGUGUGGGAAAAAAUUUAAUAGAAGUAGUCACCUGAAGACACACGAGAUGAUUCACUCAGGGGAGAAACGGUUUGAGUGUUCUCAGUGCAGCAAAAAAUUUGCUCGAAAUAGUGAUCUGACGGUACAUCAGAGGACUCACACGGGGGUAAAAAAGUUUGAGUGUGUAGAAUGCGGGAAAAGGUUUAGCAAGAAGUGUGACCUACAGGCGCAUGAAAGGAUUCAUGCUGGAGAUAGACCAUAUGAGUGUUAUAAGUGUGGGAAAAGGUUUUAUCAAAGGAGUCAUCUGAAAACUCACGAGAGGAUUCACACAGAGGAGAAACCAUUUAAAUGUUCUGUGUGUGGGAAAUCUUUUAAUCAGAGGAAUAAUCUAAAGGCACAUGAAAGGAUUCACUCAGGAGCAAAACCAUAUGAGUGCUCUGAUUGUGGGAGAAGUUUUAAUCAAAACAGUUCUCUAAAGGUACACCAGAAGAGCCACAAAAGGAACAUUCAUGAAUGCUCUGAGUGUGGGGAAAGGUUCAGUGAAACUGGGGAACUGGAGAGACACCUUUUAGGUCACAUUGAAGAUAAGCCGUUUGAGUGUUCUGAGUGUGGUGCUGGUUUUGAUCGGGGUGCUGAUCUGAAGGCACACCAGAAGGUUCACUCUGAAAUGGCAUAUGAGAGUUCUGACCUUGAGGAAAAGAUUAUUGUAGGCGAGUCUUGGGUUGAGGUAGAUGAAUCCAAUUAUGUGAAUAAUGAUAAUGUAACAGAGUCUGCGGAAAGUGACAAUGUAACAGAGUCUGCGGAAAGUGACAAUGAGUCUGUGGAAAAUGACAGAGUAACAGAGUCUGUGGAAAAGGAUAAUGUUACAGAGUUUGAGAAAAAGGUCAGUGUAAAUAAGUCUGCGAAAGAGAAUAAUGGAAAGGAGUCCGAAAGAAUAAUCAAUGAAAAUGACUUCAAAGUAUACCCAAGGAUUCCUAUUAGAGAAAAACCAACUGAAUGUUCAGGCUGUGGGAAAAAGUUCAAUCUGGAUGAUAACCCGAAUUCAGGACACGGGAAUGACUCAGAGGAGAAGCCACUGAAGUGCUCAGAUUGUGGGAAAAUAUUCAUCAAUAUAUGCUUUACGGAGAAUCAUUUACAAGCACAGCUGAUGUUACCCCCAGAGGAAAAAGAACACAUGUGUACUGUUUGUGGGAAAGUGUUUGGUCGCAGUGAUACCCUGAGAAUACACAGCAGAAUUCACACUGGUGAAAAACCAUUUGAAUGUCAGGAGUGUGGGAGAAGGUUUAUCGAAAGUAGCAAGUUAAAAAGACACCUGCUUAUUCACUCCGGGGAAAAGCCGUUUAAAUGUUCCGAAUGUGGGAAGACUUAUACCCAAAGUGCUUCUUUGAAGUCACACCAGAUGAAUCAUACAGGAGAAAGACCCUUCGAGUGUUACGAGUGUGGGAAAAGGUUCAAGAAACAUAGUGAUUUGAAGUUACACCAGUGGCUUCAUUUUUCAAAUCCUGACUUUAACAAAAAGGAGGUUCAACACACUGCUGCGAAUACAGUUCAAAGGGCUAACUCAGGAGCAAAAAAACUGAAGUGCCCUGACUGUGGGAAACUUUUUAGCAAGAGGAGCGAGUUAAAGAAGCACCAGGAGUGUCAUCCAAAGGAAAAGCCAUUUGAGUGCUCUGACUGUGGGAAAAGGUUCGGCCAAAAGAGUAACAUGAAGACGCACCAGAGGAUUCACUCGGGAGAAAAGCCAUUCGAGUGCAUCGAGUGUGGGAAAAGGUUUGCUGAUGGAAGUCACCUGAAUAAGCAUCAGAGGAUUCACACGGGAGAAAAACCAUACGAGUGCGCUGAAUGUGGGAAAAGGUUUAGUCAAAAGGGUAAUCUCAACACACACCUUAGGAUUCACACAGGAGAGAAACCCUAUGACUGUACAGAGUGUGGGAAAAGUUUCAUCGAAAGUGGCAAGCUAAAGAGGCACAUGGUUUAUCACACAGGCAUAAAACCACACGAGUGUUCUAUUUGCAAGAAAAGUUAUAUUGACAGUGGUGAACUGAAGAAACACCUUGUCACUCAUACCGGAGAAAAACCAUACGAGUGCUCCGAGUGUGAUAGUAAGUUUAGUUAUACCAGCGACCUGAGGAGACAUCAAAAGAUCCACAUAGGAAAAAAACCCUUCGAGUGCCAUGAUUGUGGGAAAAAGUUCCUUGAAGCAGCGAAACUCAGGAGGCACCAGAUGAUUCACAGUGGGUUCUGAAUGAUUACAUAUAUACAAGUUGCUUUUGAGUGUUCAACAGAGAUAGAAGAGCACUUGAAAAGUUGUUUUUUUAUGAAACAAGAUAUCCUGAUUAUAUCUUAACUUGUUGAUAUAUAGCAAAUAAAGACUUGACUUGCAAA